AUUGCUGCCAGCAAGCAGGAAUCCUCUGGAACUAGCCGUAGGGAUCUUGGUUCCUGGUGGAAGAAAUUCCAAGGUCAAGCUCAUGCUGAGGCACCUGGAAAGAAUGAAUAUAGAAUAUUCGGUGUUGCUCUUGAUCAAAGUAUAAUGUAUGCCAAUGUCGCUAUCUCAUUAUUCAACGAAGCAGGAGAAAGCUACAUUUACGGUUAUGUCCCAAUCAUCGUCGGAAAGUGUGGGGUGUUCCUCAAGGGGAAAGCUACGGGUGUAGAGGGCAUAUUUGUUACGCCUGGCCAGCAAGAACGAGUGCAAGAGUUGAAAGUAGUCUUCCACAGUCCAGAGCGGUACGGAAAAGGGUUUGACUGGGCAGGAUACUCUGUCCAUGAUGCCGCUAGCACCUUGAUACUCUUCUUAGAGAAUUUGCCAGAACCCGUCAUCCCAUAUGAAUGGUUUAAGGCAUUUGACACCGCCAUGCCGAAUGAAUGGCGUAGGGUAAUGGAGACCAUAGAAGAAUACCAGUCGCUCAUUCGAAGAAUGCCUGCGCCUCAUAGGCAGCUACUGCUCUAUCUGCUAGAUUUCUUUGUGGUCUUUGCUGCUAAGAGCGAUUACAACAAGGCGACAUGCUCUGUCUUAGCAUCUAAAUUCCAGCACGGCAUUCUGCGGAGACACGACGACGUUCAAGACCAUUCAAACGAAUAUGAAACGAGUUACAACAAGCGAGUCAGCCAAGGUAUUUUAGUAUUCCUAAUCGAAAACCAGGACCAUUUUCUCAUC